AUGGCAGACCAGACGGAGUCCACGACGGCCAAGAGCCCGACCCUUCAGCGGGUCAAGACCGACCUUGGCAACCAUUCCCAGCGUUUGCUACGCGUGGAUCAAAUAAAGGACCGACAAAUCCAUUUUGUGAAGACAGCUAAGGCGAAGCCUAAGCCCGACCGGUUCAGCAAGACUGCACUGGUCGUUCGUCGAAUCAUCUCGAGACAAGGCAUGGUCUCCCACACCGAGAUCGACAUUCGAUCCCCUCUCCUGCAAGACUUGUUUCGCGAUUUGUUCAAAGGCGUCGAUGGUCUAGAGCUGAACAAAACCCCUCCAAUUGCCAAACCAGAACUGCUCUUCUGGGCCGCGCCAGACCUGGUUCGAAUCAAGGAAGAGGAAAAGCAGAAGACGUCACCCAAUAAACCCCUCAUCGAUGACAUCGGAACAGCUCUGCGUUUUGUCGAAGAGGACUAUGCAAGCCAGAUCAUCAGUCUCGAAUCCCUGCUCCAGGAGAAGCAAAUCACCUGGGAUCUUCUCUGGGCGAUCUUCCCACCCCGGGAGGUUAUCAUCGCCCCUCGUUUUGGGGUCAUGAAUGAAGAGCAGGCUUUCAACAUGCUGACAUCUGGGUAUGAGGAACGUGCCAACGGCCAGAGAUACUUCUCGGCCAAUGGCCAACACAUCAAACAUGAUGGCCAAGACUUUGGCUCUACCACCUUACCGCUGGAGAUUGACGAGUUCGAUGGUGCUCGAUCUAUAAGUAGCUUGAACUUUUACCCCAUCCAGCAUCAUGAGGAGGAGUCUGCACUCCGGGAAAGACUCAUUGCACGAGGACGCAAGUAUGUCGCGCUCAUGAAAGAACCGGCUUGCAGAGAUUAUACGAUCCUUACUGCAAUAAAGGAGGUGGAACGAGCCAACGGAGACACGGUGCCAGAGAAGUUUAAUGCGCUGGGAAGAGUCAUGGUCGAUCCGCCUGGGUUUUAUCUUCAUAACAGUUCAUCCGACUUGAAUCGGCCUUGGGUGUAUGCAGAAAACAAGCUGAAUGCGGUCGGCUUGUCCGAUGAUCAGUUAUUGAUCUGCGCCUCGUGGAUUAGUGGAUUCAGCUUUGCCCAGAAAGCCUGGUGCCAACUUGCAGUGACAGGACUGUCCGACGUUGAGUGGAACCACAAUGCGUUUAAGCGACUGGUAAUGGCCGAGAAUCGGCGGCAGCUCAUCCACGGGCUCGUCAAAGCCCAUCGACAGGAUGAUGCCGUCUUCGAUGACAUUGUGGUGAACAAGGGCAAGGGACUUAUUGCUCUUCUGACUGGAAGUCCGGGAGUGGGCAAGACUCUUACUGCAGAGGCCGUUGCCGAAGUCACCCAGCGCCCUCUGUAUGUGGUGGCGACCGGUGAGCUCGGAAUCGACCCCGACGAGGUCGAUAAUCGGCUAGGGAUGAUCCUCGACAUCACACGACGAUGGGGCUGUGUGCUUCUAAUCGACGAAGCGGAUGUCUUCCUCUCAGCUCGUGGCAAGGACCUUGCCCGGGAUGCGUUGGUCAGCGUUUUCCUCCGACGACUUGAAUACUUCCGCGGUGUGGCUAUUCUCACCACGAACCGAAAAAGCGACAUCGACCAGGCUUUCAAAAGUCGAAUUCAUUUCACCCUUCACUACCCCGACCUCGAUGCGACCAGCCGACAGGAAGUGUGGAAGAAUUUCUUGACGAAUGUUGCCAAGACAUCCGAGCUGUCGGAAUUUACAGCUGAUGAUUUGACGGCAUUGUCAAGGCAUCCUCUGAAUGGCCGACAGAUCAAGAACAUUGUCUCCUGUACGGUGUCGCUGGCGCGGGAGAGAGGGAAGAACAUCACGGUGGAGGACAUGGAGACCUUGAUCGAUGUCAUGAUCGACUAG